UUGUGACAAACAUAAUUUCAUUUUUUAGCAAAACUAACAAAGUCAGAAUCUCUUUACCUUCAAAAACAAUGGCUAAUAAAACUACAAACAAUCUUUCAAUAAAUGCUCAUCCAGAUUCUUGUAAUUCUCAAAAUCCUCAAAAAAGGUAUUUGCCAGGUGAUGUUCGGUAUCAGGGCCCAACACAAAAUAAAAAAGUUUCUCUUCAGCAAAAGCCAGUAAUUCCUUCUGUUAAAAAGAGUGUUUCCACUCUCUCUCCAGGAAAAAUAGAACAAAAAAAUGAAAAGUUUGUUUAUAUUUUUAAAUAA